AUGGACCCAACCCCGGCGCGGUUCGAGGGCAUGGUGCACACGCUCUUAGUGGCCAGGGCGAGUUGUGCCCUGCCGAUGGAUGGGGACCUGCGACUGCUUGAAUAUCUAUUGGUCAGGAUGGCGACCAUCCCGGCGGCUAUGCUGUGGCAGCUGCUGGAAGCCCGCGCGGAUGUGUCCAUGAUAGAGCAUGAGCGCCUUGGGCUCGUCUCCCCGCUUGGCAUGGCCGUUAGUCUAGGAUUGAGUACUGAAAGUAGCAUCUUGCUUGCCGGUGCCUGUAAACUGCUGGUGCACCUAAUAUUCAGUCUGCGGAGGUGUCAGGGCUCGCUGUGUCAGCAUAUCCCCGCAGCCAGGCUCGAGGCGGUUGGGACGCCAAUUCUGGCGAUCCCUGUCCCCACGCAUCCAGGUGUCACCAUGCAGCCUUUCGAGGAGACUGAUUUGGAAGGCGCACGCCCUACCACCAUGGCACUCGCGGAUGUACGGUCGGCGGGUCUAUGUCUUCAUGCAGAUCCUGCUGGCUCUUUGUUUUGCCGCUGGCUCAGCAUGGGCACGCGAACCUUGGCCAGGAUGUGGCCCGUCCCAGUGCCUCUGGCGCGAUGUCCAGGGUUCCUGGGGCACCGAGAUUUUCUCCAGUUCCUUGAGCCACUCGUUGGUGUGCCUAUGAGUAUGCUGCGGGUUACGGACUCGACGGGGCGGGGCCUUGUGGUGGACAACCCGCGCUCGUAUACGCGCACUGUCCUGCUCAUCCGUGUGGAGCCAGCUACUCGGCCGGACAUUACAUGGCUUCAAGACAAACUCUGUGGGGGGGACCUGUCCCUCGCCUGCUUUGCACAAGAGCAAGGCUGGCCCCUGGACGGUCGCAUGGGGUGGGAGCCCCAUGCGAAUGCGUUAGUCUGGGCUGUCGCGCAUGCAGGGCUUGCCCUCCCCGCUUUGCUGCGACACUUUCUGUGGAGCCCACGGAGGAGCCAGCUGCUUCGUCCCUUGUUGCGUACCUGGAUGCAAGGGGUUCGGGCUCCGCCGGCCGCGAGCAGCACGGUCGCUUAUCUCCUGGCCUGCUUGGACGCCGAGCUGAGGGAGCAGCUUCGUGAGAUCCUCAUGCAGGAUCUUGAGGGCAUCAAUGCGACAGCACCGCGCUGGCUCGUAGACAUGAUGUGGUAUGGAGCCGCCCCUUGGCCGCCGAAACUCUACACGGUGCUGGCCACACACAUGCUUUGGCAGGGCCAUUACCAGUACGUCGGAUGGCUGCUUGCCGCGGGGGCGGAUGACGCGGUUCUUCGCCACCGCGCUUCGUUGAGGCAGCCAGCUUCCGGGGAGGAACCGGCCGUCAUGCCCAAACAUGCUGCCGCUCAUCUAGGAGUUCGCGCCUGGGGUGCACCUCAGUGGGGACGGCUUGUCCAAUGCCUGCCGUCCCGCGACGGCUUUACCAACGAUUCCAACGGCAUCGUUGUCCGCGGGAACUACCAGCUACAGGGGGCUUCGCCACGUGCUGGGUCUGGGGUCUGGGGACCUCACCUGUGUCCGGUGGCAUGGGCGCUGGACCAGCCUGUAGUGGUGCUCACCAGGGUCCUCGAGGUGACCAGAGAACGUCAGCUACCCGGAGGCGGCCGGCUACGUGAGGCACUCGACCUUGCGGCCCAACGCGGCGAUACCUUGCAAGUUGCCAUCUUGGUCCGUUAUCUCCGCAUGCGGCCGGUUAUGGACCCUGAGGAGGAUGCUGAGCCUGACCCUGUUCACCUUGCGCUGCUAACGGCGGUUCAGGCGGGGAGCGCGGCCACCGUCUAUGAACUCCUGGCCGCAGGCUAUCCGGCUGAAGGACCCCUGCUGAAGCGUGCCUUGAUUGAGGCAGUCGAGCAUACAGCUCCGCUCGCCGUUUCUAGGCUUUUGCUGAUUGCCAGAGCCGACCCAGGCCUGGAACCACAGAGUGAUGAUAGCGAUUACACGCCUUUUGGGCUAGCAGUCUUUAACCGCAUGUGGGACACAGUCCGGCUCUUUUUGUGCAACUCGAUCGCGCACCGACCGGGGGCUGUGCAAAGGGCCUUACUGGGAAGCGCCUGUACUUCGGCUCGUCCUGAUGCCUGUCUUGGCUCAGCCGACAUUCUUUUAGGAGACUGCCAACUGGUCGGCGAUUCCGCUGCACCAGAGAACCCCUGUGUUCUGCCUUGCUCGGCUAACGCCGACAUGGCUCAGCCGCCUCCUGCGCUGGUGGGCGCUUCUCCGUUGGCAGCGGGCACGGACCUGACCCUCCGGCUGCAGGCCCGUGGGACAACGGGCAAGUGGGAAGCGCUUGGAGCCGGCCUGAACAUCCCUCACUAUGAUGUGCUGCAGCUCAGCACGUCUUCGGCAGUGGACGCUCCCUUCGUCCAGUAUGCCCACGUGAUCGCUGCCUUGUACGAUUGCAACGUGGUGGUCAUUGAAGCGAGCCGUCGCCUGGCCUGGCUCAAAGCGGUGCCUGGUGACCCUCGCGUGGCAGCUAGUGGCAUCACCUCCUAUCAUGACUCCCAGGGACACCGCGGUUACCAGGCCUUCUACCACACCUGA